GGGUAACCGCGUCAGGGAGGAGCCUAUCCUACAAGGACGCGGGUACCCACGACGACAGCUGUCCCCAAAGAAACCCUACAACUAGGAAUUGAAGUGGAAGAAAGUUAGGAUUUCCUGUGUGUGGUCAAGGAGAAGGACAAAUUUUCUGUUCUUAGGCGAGAAAGCGUUUACUAGACUUUCCAGGGGUUGAGGUGCUUCUUAACUUCUGCGGAGAUGCCCCCGAAACAGCCUCGUAAAUCGAGCCUGAACAUGGGCAGAGGAACCAGGAAGAGAGAUGAAGAUUCAGGGACUGAAGUGGGAGAAGGGACAGAUGAAUGGUCCCAGUCUAAAACCACAGUUAGACCUCCUGACCAGCUGGAGUUAACAGAUGCGGAGUUAAAAGAGGAGUUUACCCGGAUCCUGACAGCCAACAACCCACAUGCACCCCAGAAUAUUGUCAGGUACAGCUUCAAAGAAGGCACAUAUAAACUUAUUGGUUUUGUGAAUCAACUGGCAGUUCACUUCAGCCAGGUUGGGAACCUUAUCCCCAAAGAUUCAGAUGAAGGACGACGGCAGAACUAUCGUGAUGAGAUGGCGGCAGGUUCACAGGAGUCUGUCAAGGUGGUGCUUUCAGACACAGAAAACCUUGAGGAAGAUGAAGAGCCCAAGGAAGCAGAAGCUGAAGCUGAAGCUGAAGCUGAAGCUGAAACUGGGAGUCAAAUAGAUGUGCCUACAGUUGAAGCAGUUGAAACAGUACCUGAAGAAGAAUUGAUGACUCCUAGGCAGCCCAAGGAGCGGAAGCUCACUAACAAGUUUAACUUCAGUGAGAGAGCCUCACAGACCUUCAACAACCUUCUCCGGGAUAGAGAUUGCCAGAUGGAGCCUCCUCCCAGGACAAACUUUUCGGCCACAGCCAAUCAGUGGGAGAUUUAUGAUGCCUACAUGGAGGAGCUUGAGAAGCAGGAAAAGACCAAAGAAAAAGAGAAGGCAAAGACCCCAGUGGCUAAAAAGUCAGGGAAGAUGGCCAUGCGGAAGCUGACAUCUAUGGAAUCCCAGAGUGAUGAUAUCACCAAAGUGACCCAAGCAGCUAAAAUUGUGGAGCGAAUGGUCAAUCAGAAUACAUAUGAUGAUGUUGCUCAGGAUUUUAAGUACUAUGAGGAUGCUGCUGACGAAUACCGGGACCAGGAGGGUACACUGCUGCCGCUCUGGAAGUUCCAAAACGACAAAGCCAAGCACCUGGCCGUCACCGCCCUCUGCUGGAAUCCAAAGUACAAGGAUCUGUUUGCAGUAGGACAUGGCUCCUAUGACUUUAUGAAGCAGAGCAGGGGCAUGCUGCUGCUCUAUAGCAUGAAGAAUCCCAGCUUCCCCGAAUACACCUUCAGCAGUGACAGUGGCAUCAUGUGUCUCGACAUGCAUAUGGACCAUCCCUAUCUAGUGGUGGUGGGCCACUAUGAUGGAAAUGUGGCCAUUUACAACCUCAAGAAGCCCCAGACCCAGCCCUCCUUCCGCAGCACAGCCAAGUCUGGCAAGCACACGGAUCCCGUAUGGCAGGUCAGGUGGCAGAAGGACGACAUGGACCACAACCUUAACUUCUUUUCUGUGUCAUCUGAUGGCAGGAUCGUGUCUUGGACACUUGUGAAGAGUGAGUUGGUUCACACAGAUGUCAUCAAGCUGAAGGUGGAGGGCAGCACCACGGAAGUUCCUGAGGGGCUGCAGCUACACACAGUGGGCUGUGGUACCGCCUUUGACUUCCACAAAGAGAUCAACUACAUGUUCCUAGUGGGCACAGAGGAAGGGAAAAUCUACAAGUGCUCUAAAUCCUAUUCCAGCCAAUUCCUCGACACCUAUGAUGCCCACAAUAUGGCAGUGGAUGCUGUGACCUGGAACCCAUACCACGCCAAGGUCUUCAUGUCCUGCAGCUCUGACUGGACAGUGAAGAUCUGGGACCACACCAUCAAGACCCCUAUGUUCAUCUAUGACCUGAACUCAGCUGUGGGUGAUGUGGCCUGGUCACCAUACUCUUCCACUGUGUUUGCAGCAGUCACUACAGAUGGAAAGGCCCAUGUGUUUGACUUGGCUGUCAACAAGUAUGAGGCCAUCUGUAACCAGCCGGUGGUGGCCAAAAAGAAGAACAAGAUCACCCAUGUGCAGUUCAACCCCAUCUAUCCCAUCAUCAUCAUUGGCGAUGACCGAGGGCAUGUUACCUGUCUUAAGCUCUCACCCAACUUGCGCAAGAUGCCAAAGGAAAAGAAGGGCCAGGAAGUGCAGAAGGGUCCAGCUGUGGAAAUCGCAAAAUUGGACAAACUGCUGAACCUGAUUCAUUAAGAUGUGAAGACUAUGUACUCUGAAAGUACUGUUCUCACCGACCAGCCCUAGACUUUCUCCUGCCUGGAUACAGCAAGAAGCUGUUCUUGGACUUUCCACAUCAUCAAGAGUCCCUUCCUCAGGUUGCUUGGUGUUCUCAGCCACCUUGGGUUCUCCUUCUCGUUCCUCCUUACCUUCUUCUGCACAGCUCCCAGAGCAGUCUUUCCAAAACACAAAGCUGCCCAGGUGUGACCAGUUCCCUCAGCUCUUAACUCCCAGGAAAAGCUUUAGAACCUCAGCCUGGCUUUCAAAACCCUGACUGGCCCCACCUUCUCUCCAGCGCCAGGUCCCACCCAGCCCAUUACUAACCAGAAGAGAAUCUGUACCCUUCCUGGCUCUCUCUCCUGUCUUUUCCUCCUGCCUUUCCCUCCAGGGGUGGUAUGAGGGAUAUACUUUGCCUCUCCACAGUCCCAGUCAACCUCCUGCUGGUAUAUGUUUUUCCCAAUAAUGAUGGGCCUGGAGUCAUGUGUACUCAGGUGUGCAAAAUCAGUAAUGCUUCUCUAUUUUAUAAAAACUAUAUGGUUGCCCAAUAAGGUGAAUAUAUUUAAUGCUAUAGAACUUUACACUUUUAAAUGGUUGAAGUGGCUAAAACUAAGUAAUAACUCUUCUCCCAGGUUCUAGCUCCUGGAGGUAGUAGGAAGGUCAUUAUUGAGAUCCCUCCUCACCCCAUCCUCCCCAAUUAUGGAGAGGUCCUUAUUUUAUGCUGCAAUUUACAUGAUCUUUGCUGAUAUGCCCCAGUUUGGGGAGCUCAAUGCCCAGGAUUCUCUGUUCUAAGCCUACGAUGCUCACUCCUGGGGUACCUCUAGGGGGUAUUUGGUUGUCCCCUUGCCCAUAUAAAUACAGAUUCCCUCUCUGUUUUGAAGAAA